CCUCAAGUUUUUUUUUUUUUUUUCUCUUCUCUGGUGGAGACGAACAACAACAGAAGAAAGAAAUGGCAACCGCAGCUCUCUCCGCCGCCCGACCCAACCGCCUUAGCUCAGCCUCCUCCGAUGUUCCUCUCCACCCGCUUUAUCUCCCUACCAAGCUCCAAUUUCCUUCCCGGAAGACUCAGCUGUGGCGCUCCGCCGCGAUUCUCUUACCCACACGGCGGCGAUGCGCUGCGCCUAGAGCUAGUUCUCGCGCCGACGAUUCUCCGCCGUUUGAUAUGUCUGUGGAGACUGCGCUUAAGGUUCUCGGUGUCUCUGAAGGAGCUUCCUUCGACGAAAUUCUUCGCGCCAAGAAAUCGAUCCUUGCUUCUCGUAAGGACGACCCCAACGCCAUCUCUCAGGCUGAGGCUGCAUAUGACAUGCUACUGAUGCAGAGCCUUAACCAACGCCGAGCAGGAAAAGUUGUAAGCAACAACAUUCGCUACGCUGAUGUUAAAUCUAGUAACCCUUUGGGAACAAGUACUGUGUCUCAGUGGCUGAAGAAUCCACCUGUCUCUGUUGAUAUGCCAUCCACGAGCGAUCUGGGAAUACAAGCUGGAGUCUAUGGAGCCAUGAUGGUUUUGACUUACGUGAACGGGAGUUCCUUAGAGUCUUCUGGGAUGCCUUACGCUGGUGCUGAUGUGCCCGGACUUAUACUGGCUAGCAGCUUUGGAGCUUCCCUAUACUUUAUGACCAGAAAGAACGUCAAGCUAGGGAAAGCAGCUGCGUUAACAGCAGGAGGAUUAGUGGCAGGUGCAGUGGUGGGAUCAGCCAUUGAGACCUGGCUGCAUGUUGAUGUGGUCCCGUUUCUGGGUCUCCACUCCCCAGCUGCAGUCGUUAGUGAAUUCAUAGUCUUCUCUCAGUUCUUGGUGUCUCUAUGCUUGCGGUAGAACUUUGUACAUUGGCUUCUGCAAAUUUGGCUCAACCUGUCACGCUGGUAUAUGUACUCCGUUUAUAUGCGUUUUGUACAGAACAAUCAAAGUAAACAACUCCU